UAUCUGGCUUCCAUCUGAACCACCUUAAAGCUCACUCUCCGCUUACCGAAUUUAACUUCUGGUCCGAAAAUGGCUGCUGAAAUGACUCUCGUUAAACCCAUCUCUAAUUUCUGCAACUCCAACACCUCUACUCCCAAGUUUGGCAGUCCAAGAAAAACAUGUUCUUUGCGCCCAAAGUUCAGUACCAUCACAAUGUCAGCAACUUCAGAGCCAGCAACUGCCAAAAAGCCCGGCAAAAAGGCAGCCAAAACAGCCAUCAAAGAGACCCUUUUGACUCCGAGGUUUUACACCACGGAUUUUGAUGAGAUGGAGACCCUUUUCAACACUGAAAUCAACAAGAACUUGAACCAGGAUGAGUUUGUGGCAUUGCUUCAAGAAUUCAAGACUGAUUAUAAUCAGACUCACUUUGUGAGGAACAAGGAGUUUAAGGAAGCUGCUGAUAAACUCCAAGGGCCUCUCAGGAAGAUCUUUGUUGAAUUCUUGGAGAGGUCUUGCACUGCUGAAUUCUCUGGCUUCCUUCUUUACAAAGAGCUUGGAAGGAGACUCAAGAAAACCAAUCCGGUAGUAGCUGAAAUUUUCUCCCUUAUGUCUAGGGAUGAAGCCAGGCAUGCCGGGUUUUUAAACAAGGGUUUGUCUGAUUUUAAUUUGGCUUUGGACUUGGGGUUCCUUACAAAGGCUAGGAAAUAUACUUUCUUCAAGCCGAAGUUCAUUUUCUAUGCUACAUAUUUGUCUGAGAAAAUUGGAUAUUGGAGGUACAUUACCAUAUACAGACAUCUCAAGGAGAAUCCUGAAUACCAAUGUUAUCCUAUUUUCAAGUAUUUUGAGAACUGGUGCCAGGACGAGAACCGUCAUGGUGAUUUCUUCUCUGCAUUGCUCAAGGCACAGCCUCAAUUCCUCAAUGACUGGAAGGCUAAGUUGUGGUCACGAUUCUUCUGCCUCUCGGUAUAUGUGACUAUGUACCUCAAUGACUGCCAGCGGACUGCCUUCUAUGAAGGCAUUGGGCUCAACACCAAAGAAUUUGACAUGCAUGUCAUCAUCGAGACAAACCGCACAACGGCUAGAAUUUUCCCAGCAGUGCUGGAUGUUGAGAACCCAGAGUUCAAGAGGAAAUUGGACCGGAUGGUGGAGAUCAACGAGAAGAUUAUCGCUGUUGGGGAGAGUGAGGACAUGGCAUUGGUGAAGAACUUGAAGAGGAUUCCUCUAAUUGCAGCAUUGGUAUCUGAGCUCUUGGCCGCAUAUUUAAUGCCACCAGUUGAGUCUGGAUCUGUCGAAUUUGCUGAGUUUGAGCCUCAGCUUGUAUAUUGAUAACUUCGUAGGAGUUUAAAAUCCCGUAAUGUCAUGUUGUGCUUGAGUUCUGCUGUCAACAACUCAAGAAUUCUAGCAUAAACUGAGGGAAAACGGUCGAGUGUCCCUUUUGAUUUUUCUCGUAACAACAGAACUUAUUUCUCGUCUAGCAAUGGAUUCUUGGCUUUUCAUUAUAUUCA